AUGGCCCAGGCCAGGCGGGAGGCUGAAGCUCUCCGUAACGCCGAGCGGCACCGUGAGCGACACGCUCAGCAAGGAGAGGAGGAACCUGAGGCGCUCGCGGAACGGCAGAGACAACGAGAUCGUGAGCGGUACGCCGCACAGGACGCUGAAGAGAGGGAGGCGCACGCCGAGCGUGAGCGACAGCGGCGCGCUGCCAUGGAUGAUGCAGAGCGGCAGGCGGACGCUGAACGUCAGCGACAGCGGCGGGCUGACAUGCCCGACGAGGUACGUGACGCGGAACGGGCAGCUAAUGCGAGGGGUCACAUGGAGGGGCGCCGCAGGGCCGACCGGGCCAAUCGAGCCGCCUGUGACGCCGACUCUGUGCUGUCCGGUCGCCAGCCGGUGGCCAGGCUUGACACGGGGGCACGCGACACGGUAUGUCCGCACUGCGGCGCCCUCCUCUGGCGAGAGGAGCGGGCCACUCUGUGCUGUUCGGGGGGAAAGGUAAACCUUGAUCCCCUGCCGGCCCCGCCACCGCUGCUCCGUGACCUGUGGACGGGUGACACGCUGGAGGCACGCACAUUCAGGCAGCACUCCCGGCGCCUGAACACGGCGCUGUCUCUGGCGUCUAUGAUGACGAGAGAGGUGAGACCGGCGGACGGUGGGUACGCACCAUCAGUGAUCAUACAAGGUAGGUUGUAUCACCGCGUCGGUCCGCUGCAGGCCAGAGACGGGGAGCGGCCGUCGUUCGCCCAGAUUUACGUAAAUGACCCAGACUGUGACGACCCGGCGGCAGAGGCCGCCCUUCGCCUCGGACAUGUGCCGCUGCCCCGCGGCACCCGGGAGCCAGAGCGGGUGCGUCUACUGACGCUGCUCGAACAGCUGCAGGUACUGCUACGCCAGGUAAAUCCCUAUGUGCAGGACUUUAUCCACGCCGCCGAGCUGCCGGAGGAGGAGGUUCAGCAGCAGAGACUGGUGGUAAGUGCCGACGCCCGCCCGGCCGACCAGCACCCCCGACGGUACAACCGCGCCGAGGGGUUCCGGGAGGUGGCCGUGCUGAUGGACGAGGAGCCCGUCCACCAGGACAUUGUGCUGCGUCGCCGUGCCGAUGCCGAAGGCCCGUUCCUCCAGACGGUAAAUGAGACACAUCGGGCGUUUGAGGCUCUGCACUUUGUGCUCCUUCUGCCGUUUGGCACAGACGGCUGGCAGCCCGACCUACGGCAGGCGGUGGCAAACGGGCGCGGGGACGUGAGGGGCGUGACGCUGAUGCAGUACUACGCUCAUCGGCUGCAGCUGCGACCCGCUCUCGAUGACUCACUGUUCCGCGCAGGACGCCUGUUUCAGGAGUACGUGUGCAUGGCUUUUGCGCGCGUAGAGACCCAGCGUCUGCUGUACCUGGCUCGGAACCAGGCCGGCCUGCGCGCAGAGCUGUACCAGCGCCUACAGGACGCGCUGCCGGGGGACGCCGAAAGGGAGCUGGCCGGCGGAGACCGCGUCGGUCAGCGUGUCAUCCUGCCGGCCUCCUUCACCGGCGGGCCCCGGUACUACCAACGCAGGUACCAAGACGCCAUGGCCAUAGUACGAGUGUACGGCCGGCCGACGUACUUCGUUACCUUUACCUGCAACCCAAACUGGCCUGAGAUACAGGCGGCACUGCUGGAGGGGCAGGAUGCACAGUCCCGCCCCGAUCUGGUGGCCAGGGUGUUCCACCUAAAGCUGAAGGCUCUACUGAAGGAGCUCACCACCAGCGGUAUCUUCGGACGCUGUGUCUCCAUGCUGAUGGUGGUCGAGUUCCAAAAACGAGGUCUGCCGCACGGCCAUAUCCUGGUCAUCGUCCGGCAGGAGGACCGCCCGCGGACUGCCGACGAUGUAGACGCGGUGAUCACGGCGGAACUGCCCGACCCGGCCAGGUCAGACCAGGCACGCCGCCUGCACGAGAUCGUGGUGAGUACCAUGGUACAUCGCCAGUGCGGCGCCGCCAACCCGACAGCCGCCUGCAUGGACGGCGGCCGCUGCUCCAAGGGCUUCCCCAAGCCGUUCGCCAACGAGACAGAGUGGCGGGAUGACCAUCCGUACCCUGUCUACAGGCGGCGACCAGCGGCCGAGGGCGGCCAGGAGUUUGUGCGUGACGGACGGCUCAUCACCAACCAGUGGGUGGUACCCUUCUCUCCAUACCUGUCCCUAAAAUAUGAGGCGCACGUGAACGUGGAGGUGUGCUGUUCGGUGCAGAGUGUGAAGUAUCUUUUCAGGUACAUCUACAAGGGCCCGGACCGCCAGAUGGUGCGCGCUGACAACCUGAUCGGCGGCGAUGACGAGAUCGCCGAGUACCAGGACAUGCGCUCGAUCGGCGCCAGUGAGGCCUGCUGGCGUCUGUUUGACGUGCCGAUGAGCCAGCGGCAGCCGAACGUGGUCGCCCUACAGGUGCACCUCGAGGACCACCAGCUGGUGUACUUCGAGCCGGGACAGGAGCGGCAGGCGGCCCAGGCCGCCCGACGCACCCACCUCACCGCCUGGCUGGAGUAUAACCGGGAGUCGGCCGCCGCCGACCCGGACUGCCGCCGACUGCUCUACCCGGACUUCCCGUCCCGGUACACCUGGCAGGCCGGCCAGAAGGUGUGGCGCAAACGGCGCCAACAGCAGGCGGCAGAGGCCAUCGGCCGCGUGGUGAGCCUCUCACCGCGUCACGGCGACGUGUUCUACCUGCGCGUGCUGCUGCACCACGUCGCGGGGGCGGCGUCCUUUGAGGAGCUGCGCACCGUGGACGGCGUGGUCUGUGCCACCUAUCGUGAGGCGUGCUGCCUGCGCGGCCUUCUGCAGGACGACCGCGAGUGGGAGGUGACGAUGGAGGACGCGGCGCACGCACAGAUGCCGGCUCAAAUCCGGCGCCUCUUCGUGACGCUGCUGCUCUUCUGCGCACCAGCCGAUCCGUCAGAGCUGUUCAGGCGUCACCUGGACGCCAUGUCUGAUGACUUCGGCCGCCGUCAUCGCGACCUGCCGGACGAGCUGCGCGCUGCACUAACACUGGUGGACCUUGAGCGGCAGCUACAGCAGGCCGGCAAAGAGCUCCGAGACUUCGGUCUGCCGGAGGUGACGCCCGAUCAGCGGGCGCGGGCGGCUGAGCUGCAGCAGGCCGCCGAGCUGCGCCAGCUGCCGCGGCUCAUUCAGGAGGAGCUGGAGUAUGACGCAGCAGCGCUCAGAGACCAGGUGGCCAUCCAGCUGCCCACCCUGCUGCCGCCGCAGCGCCACGUCUUCGACCUGGUGAUGACGGCCGUCGACGGGCGGCGUCCGCUGGCCGUGUUCGUGGACGCCGCUGGCGGCACCGGCAAGACGUACGUCUUCAACACGCUGCUGGCGGCGGUGCGCUCGCAGGGUCUGGUGGCGCUCGCCGUGGCCUUCAGUGGAAUCGCUGCCACUCUGCUCGACGGCGGGCGCACUUAUCACUCGCGUUUUAAGGCACCGCUGCAGGUGGACGCGACAUCAACGUGCGCUAUCAGCGCGCAGAGCCCGCUGGCGGAGCUCAUCCGACGGACGGCGCUCAUCGUGUGGGACGAGGCGCCAAUGGCCCACCGUCACCAUCUGGAGGCGUUCGACCGCACGCUGCGUGACGUCACUGGCAGCGAGGAGCCGUUCGGCGGAAAAGUCCUCGUGCUGGGCGGGGAUUUCCGCCAAAUUCUCCCAGUCAUCAGGCACGGUACCCGCGCACAGGUGGUGGACGCCUGUCUGCGGCGGUCAGCGCUGUGGCGUCACUUCAUUGUGGCGCCGCUGCUGGAGAACAUGCGGGCGCGGCGGGCAGCCGGGCCGGACGGUCCAGAGCUGCGGGCGUUCUGUGACUGGCUGCUCGAGCUGGGAGAGGGACGCGCAGAGGGCCCCGAGGAUGGGUUUGUUCAGCUGCCCCCGCACCUGGUGAUGGACGCCGAUAUCGACGCUGUCAUUGACUGGGUGUUUGAUGACCUGGCAGGGCGACACGGCGACCGGGAGUGGAUGGCGUCGCGGGCUGUGCUCGCGCCGCGAAACACUCGGGUCGACGAGCUGAACGCCGCAGUCACCGAGCGCUUCCCCGGAGAGGCCGUCCGCCUGCUGAGCGCCGACAGUCUGGUGGAGGAGGCCGAGCAGCUGGAUAUUCCACAUGAGUAUCUAAACACUCUGUGCGCUCCCGGCUUCCCACCUCACUGCUUGAUGAUAAAGCCAGGCAUGCCACUCAUGCUACUUCGUAAUCUGUCCGCCACUGACGGACUGUGCAAUGGCACGCGACUUAUCGCUGGUCGCAUCAUCAGCCCGCGACUCAUGGAGGCCACUAUCGCCUGCGGCAAAAACGCCGGAAGGCAAGUGCUUAUUCCACGGCUCCCACUCCAGCCCCCGGAUGACGCGUUUCCCUUCCGCUGGGAGCGUCGCCAGUUCCCCGUGCGGCCAGGUUUCGCCAUGACGGUGAACAAAGCCCAGGGGCAGACGCUCGGUCGGGUCGCGGUCUUUCUGGAGGAGCCAGUGUUCAGCCACGGGCAGCUGUACGUGGCUGCAUCGCGGGUCGGCCGGCCGGCGGAUCUGAGGAUCGCGCUGCCCAGAGGUGGCCAGGGCGCAACACCCAAUGUGGUGUACACGGAGGUGAUGGGCCGAGGUGAUGGCCGGUAGAUCCACGGGUCGCAGAGGCGACGGGUAGCCAGAGCGCUACGAGCAACGUGGAGAGGAGGAGCGAGGAGCAACGAGGAGAAAACGGCCGGCCGACCGUGAUGCAGGACGGAUAAAUCCUGGCGAGCCAAUGCGCCGUCAAGUGGAAAAUUUACACAUUUAACAUAAUGCCGCAACUGGCUUUGGUGACCUCCAAUGCGCGAGCGCAACUUAUAU